CUUUUGCCCCUCCUUGAUUCAAAAGUUUAAAGUCAACAGGAAGAAGGAAAAUGAAUUCAAGAACUUCCCCUAAGUGUUUCAGGUUUAGUCAGCCCAUCUCUUGAUAAAAGGGUCUGCCCCUAGUUCCAGCCCUUCCCAGCCAGAGCCUACUGACAGCAGGCUGACUGCUUCCUGGGCAUCAGACCUGGGUUCUGUGCUUUGGUGGGGGGGUCUGCACACAGCUGGCAAGAUAAGAUGGCAGACUGGGGGCCCAACGCCAAACAGGAGCCUGAGAUUGAGCUCUUUGUCAAGCUAGGUCGUGCCCAGUAAUGGCUGGUUUUGAUGGGGAGAGCAUUGGGAAUUGUCCCUUUUGCCAACGCCUCUUCAUGGUCCUCUGGUUGAAAGGAGUCAAGUUCAAUGUGACAACUGUUGACAUGACCAGGAAACCUAUAGAGCUGAAAGAAUUAGCCCCAGGAUCCAGUCCUCCUUUCUUGUUGUUUAACAAGGAACUGAAGACAGACUUCAUUAAAAUCGAGGAGUUUCUAGAGCAGGUCCUGGCUCCUCCAAGGUAUCCGCGUCUGAGUCCCAAGUAUAUGGAGUCCUUUGAUGUGGGCUGUGACAUCUUUGCCAAGUUUUCUGCAUACAUUAAGAACACACAAAAGGAUACCAAUAAACAUCUGGAGAAAGCUUUGCUGAGGGAAUUUAAGCGUCUGGACAUCUAUCUGAACACCCCGCUUCCGGAUGAAAUUGAUCAGGACAGUGCGGAAGAAAUCACGGAGUCCAGAAGGCUGUUCCUGGAUGGAGAUCAGCUGACCCUGGCUGACUGUAACCUGCUCCCUAAACUGCACAUCAUCAAGGUGGUUGCCAAGAAAUACCGGGACUUCGACAUCCCUGCUGAAUUCUCGGGAGUCUGGCGCUAUCUGGGAAAUGCCUACGCCCGAGAGGAGUUCAGCCACACGUGCCCCGCAGAUAAGGAGAUUGAAAGCACUUAUGCAUCUGUGGCUAAAAAAUGAAUUAGGAAAAGCUAAAGGCGCAUGUUCCCAAAUGAACAAGGCCCACACAAGCUACCUUUUGCAUCACAUCCCUACUUCUGCUAGAAAUGUCGGUGAAACAUUUAGUUUGAAAGAGAACUCUGUGCUUUCUACCUAGCCAGCCAUGCCCAGAGUGCACCUGCAUGCAAAUUCUCUCUGGCCCUUGGGCUGGGCUUUCACAAGCUUCUGAAUCCCUAAAAUGCCUUAUGUCAAUCUCAGCAGAAUUGGGAUCUAAAGGAUCUACUGAACUGAGUACCCCAGCCUUUAAUAGCUUCAGACCAGGACACUGGAUGAAAUCAUUUCAGUGGCACUUUGUCAAGAGUUCAGGUUUCUACAAGCAAGGGAUUGGCAGGCCCAGGUUCUGAAACUAAAAAAAAAAACCCUUUAUUCCUGGCCCCAUCUAACAGUUCAUCCCACUUGAAUCAGCAGGAGGGAAUAAGCAAUUAUACGGCACCUACUGUGUGCCAGGCACUGUGACAAUUAUUAUCUCUGGGAGGUGGGUGCUGUUAUGAUCCCCAUUUUACACUUGAGGAAACUGAGGCACACAGAGGUGAAGUGACUUGCCCACAGUCACCCAGCUGUUAAAAUUCUGAGGCUGGAUUUGAAUUUAGGUCUUCCUGAUUCCAGGCCCAGGGCUCUAUGUUCUGUGGCACCACCUAGCUGUCUUGAUAGUCAACAACACUAGUCAGCUACCUCAAUAGUUAGUAACACUAUUGGCGUAUUCCCUAAGGACAUUGCCCCAAAUUAUCACCACCUGAAAGCAACUUGACAUCAGUUCCUCAGAGCAUCGCCCCAGUCUGGUCUAGGAAUAAGAAUCAGUGUUGUAUAGUCAGGCAAGAGUGUUUGGGGGGCAGAGUUAUAUAGCUUACAAAUUCCAGGGCAUAGGAAAGGGUGUAAGGUAACUACCACCAUUUUAUGAAUCCUUUAGAACAAAAGACAUGAUCUCUGGCUAUAGAUUGAAGAAAAGUGCUAAUUAAGGAGUCAAUUAUGUUACUUUUGUUGUUACUGCCUCUUGACAUACAUACGUGUAUAUAUAUAUGACAUAUAUGUCAAGAUGCUACAGUAACAACAUAUAUAUACACACACAUAUGUACACAUGCAUACAUGCAUACAUCGAGAUUAUUCUCUGAAAAUACAUUUUCCUAAUUAAAUGAGGGAGUGAGCACUUUUGAGAAACAAAAACAAAUUUUCCCAAGAUGACCAGUAAAAUAAUGAAGGCCAAUGUGCUCUGGAGUGGAUAUCCCUUCAUGCCUGGGAACAUUCCUCAUGACCCUAGAUGACCCCUGCCAUUCCAUCAAACUGAUCACAGACCAAUACGAAUUUAUCAGCCAUCUUUCAAUGACAGAUAAACCCCAAACAAAGUUAUAGAAACCUGAGAUUCAGACACAUUCCAUUAUAAAAUGUACUCCUUGAUCAAAGUUACUAACUGGAAGAAUUCUCUUCCCAAUACAAUAGUUACUAAUUAUUUUUCUUGCUUUUACUAGAAUAGCAUCAUACUCCCCUCCCCCACAAUUUACCUUUGCCUAUAGAACUACCUAUACUCGAGAAGGGAAAAAUAGGGGGAGAUCUCUAGACCCCAUGUGACUUUGACUUUCCCUUAAAGAGGGACAAAAGUCUCACAUUUAAAAGAUGCACCAGUAGACACAGGGCUAAACUGCCAGGCUCCCCUGGAUUCCUUCCAGUCUGGGCUGAAGUCCCACUUUCUGCUCCCCCUUAAUUCUAGCCCCUUCCCUCUGCUGCUGAUCUCCAUAGACGGUGGACUCCUUGAAAGCAGGAACUGGAUUUGUGCCUUCCUUUGUAUGCCCAGGACUUAGCACAGAAUCAAGGGGGAGCAGGAAAGACGUCUUGCAGUGGAGAUGAGGGAAAACAUUCCAGGCAUGAGAGACAGCCAAUGAAAACAUUCAGAGAUGGAAGAUGGAGUGUCUUUUUUGAAGAUAGCAAGGUGGCUUUAGUAUCACAAUGGAUCAAAGAGCAUGUUUGGGCAGGGAUGGAGUAAGGUGUGAGGAGACUGGAAAGGGAGAGAGAGAGGCUAGGUUAUGAAGGGCUCUGAAUGUCAAACAGAGCAUUUUGUAUUUGAUCCUGGAGGUGAUAGGGAGCCACUGGAGUUGAUUAAAUAGGGAGGUGACAUGGUCCGACCUGCCAUUUAGGAAGAUUCCUUUGGUGGCUGAAUAAAAGAUGGAUUGAAGUGGGGAGAGACUUGAGGCAGGCAGACCCCCCCCCAACAGCUAUUGCAAUAGCUCAGCUGUAAGGUGAUGAAAGCCCACAUGAGGGAGGGGGGCUAUCAGAGGAGAGAAGGAGGCAUAUUGGAGAGAUGCUGCAAAGUUAGAGACAAUAGGAUUUAAAUGAUCAUCCAAAUAAAUUGUCUAUGCUGUACACAUACAUCAACAGAUAAUACAAAUCUUAAAAUGCUAUAUACAUUUUUUACAGAAUAAAAUAUCACUGAGAGGCAGCAUUGGCCUAGUGGACAGAGAGCUAGCCUUGGAGCCAAGAGACUUGGGUUCAAGUCCAGUCUGUGACACAUACCUGUUGUAUGACUCUAGGAAAGUUACUUCAAUUUGUAAUGGUGGCAACUCAAUAAAUUGCAGAGAAGGUACCAAAUUGAUGGGUUUUCCUCUCCUUGGAGUUUCCUAAGCCAGUGAAAUCACCUGGUCUAUGCUUUAAAUCAACCACCAGCACGUGACACUCACAGGUAGAUCAAUGAACAGAAGUUCUGGAGUCCUGAGAUUUUUUUUUUGUACUAAAACAUGUAUUCUCCUUCUUACAUUAUUAUUGGGCACUUUUUCCUGUUUUAUAACAUCAUGAAUUAAAAACCGAUUUUGUAUUUUUUACUCUCAGAAGCUUGUUUCUAGCACCUAUUGAGAUAGGCGGUUGUGUGGUUAAGGUAGGGUUACUUAGCCCAUAGCUGUGCUGAGGUCCCUGGGGACUUGCCCAGUCAUCCUGAGACUACUUUGGAAGAACAGAGAAAAUGGCAGGGACACCCUCGAUAAGGUUUCCUUCAAUUGCCUCUGGUCAUUCCAGACCUCAGGACCAAUAUUUACCACCAUUCUCCUCCCCACGCCAAUGCAUACCCCAUUACUUGAAAAGAGCUGUCAUUUGGUCAGUGAGAGGCCUCCAUCAAUGUGGAUCCCAAUCUCUCCAUGCCUUAAUAGAGUCUCUUCCUAAGUUCCUAUGCCUUCACCCCAUCCUCAAAUCAUCACUUAUCUCAAUUUCUGCUAAUGACUUCUGGACUUAGGCUGGGACUCUCAUUGGGCCUUUCCAGCUUGGUAGGAUCAGCUAGAGUUUGAAGAGAACUUUAGUGUCUAGGCUAGAGGUUCUUAACCUGAGGUAAGGACCUUGGUUUUUUAAAAAUAUUUUUAUAACUCUUAU